GGGAGAUCGCUUUGUUUACCCACACAGUCAGUGACACCGAGGACAGGAUAUCUUUCAAAGCUGAGGUUGAACAGAGGAAGGAGGAUGUAAAGGAUUUUGUCAUCUUGUUCCCUGUGUGGAGAGUGUGGAUGAUCAGCUACAUCAGAGACCUACAAGAGAUCGCAGACGACAUUUACUUGAUUCACAAACGUGGCACGAGAGUGGGAGUUGGCCAGAGUGUGGCUGGUGGGGCUGACAACACUGCAGCUUGUGACACGGACAUUGUUACCCAAACAUACAGACUGGAAAGGGUUAAUGAUUUCACGGAACAAUAUGCAAAGGACAGCAGAGAAAUGGCAGAGUGUUACACAAAACUCUCACGAGCAGUUCGGAUCUUGAAACGUUAUGGUGAGAAAUCAGAAACCACAUUUCCUGGUGGAGCUGACACUGAACACUUGGCUGUAUUUGCUGCUGUGGCUGAAACAAUGAACAAACAGGUGUCGGUGACAUCCAAGGCCGGGUCAGCAGCUCAGACAAGGCUGCCUUUCAUAUCAUCUCUGAUCUCCAGAGCAAACGAUGGUCAUAAUCUCAACCGUGGAACCAGGGCAGAUAUUGCGAAACAGAUUAACGAUGUGGCUGAAGUGAUGGAGAAUGAAGUGAUGGCGUAUGAAGAGGUUUAUAAACAUCUGGAAGACACAGUCAGCAACAUUGAGGUCAGGAAAGCCUUCCUCACUGAGCUGGCAAAGAGGACUGAUGAUGUGCAGAGCUUUAAAGCACAGCUCCCUGACUGGAGGGAACAGGUGAGAGGACACCUGGGAGCACUGCGAGAGGCUGCGGACCACAUCGACAACCCUCACAGAUCAGACACAGCUCUGACCAUUGUGGGCUCCAUACUGCGUCCUGCCGGAGUGAUACUGAUUAUUGCGGGAAUAAUCACUGUCAUAAUAUUAGGUGAUGUAAUGAUGAGAAGAUUGGGGUUCACACUCGGGUUUGUGCUUGCGGGAAUUUUAAUGGUUGCUCUUGCGGGUGAUCUUAUCUCUGUAGCUCGUGGCAAUAUCACUGCUUCACAAACAGAGAAAGUGAGAAGAGUGAAUGGAAUAAUAGAACAAUAUAAAACAGACAGCAGAGCCAUGGCGGAUUGCUACAAUAAACUAAACAGGAUAAUCCAAUUGUUCAUGAAAUCAGUAAGAGACACAACUACUGGUAAAGCUGAGAUUUUCUCCAGGAGCUUAGGUAGUUUUCCCCCCAUUAUCAACAUGGAGGCCACCCGCAGGGUAAACCCAGUGAGGGCUAUUUUGCAGCUUCUCUCAGCAAUCAUUGUUGUGUAUGAUGUCUACUUUGCAAUAAAGAAUAUCCUUUGCUAUUCCAGCAGAGCCAAGUCAGAAAUUGCUCAACAGAUACGAAAAGUGGCUGAUAUGAUGGAGGCUGAGAUACAAUCAUGUGGAGAGUUUUAUAAACCUGUAGAAAACGAUUUAAAUUUUCUUUAGACGAAGUAUAAACAAUAAUAAU